GGAGUAGCAGGAGGAGAGUUUGUGUGUGUGGCGACAGGAUGACUUAAAGCAAAAGUUUAAAUAAAUGAAGUUUGGGUGGUUUUUAGCGUCAUGUCGUUGUUUGUCUUUAGUUGGUGUUUUGUUCCGCUUUUUGCACAUCUGGAAUAAAAGAGGCCGUUUGAUGUCCGGAGGUCGACCUGGAAGAAGAAGAAAACCGCUGCGGGACAAACUAACGGAGCCACAAUGUUACCGGUGAUCCUGACUGUUUACCUGAACAGCAACCAGCAGAUGCUGACUGAGGUGCCAGUCACCCCAGCAACCAGAGUAAUUGAUGUGGUGGAAUACUGCAAAGAGGCAGGCGAGGGCGAGUGUCACCUGGCUGAAGUAUGGAAUGGAUAUGAGCGGGUUCUCCCUCAGGAGGUGUUGUUGUUGGAUCUCCUCCAGCAGUGGGGAGCCAGAAGGCCAGAGGUCAGCUUCUACCUCAGACACUGCCCCUCCUGGACACGAGGCAGUCAGCAGCUUUUGGAGCAGAAAUGGAGCCGAGAAUUGAAUGACAGUAUGAAAGACACGGUCCCCAGUGUGGAGCUGACCCUCUCUGAGCUCCAGGAAAUGGCCACAAGACAGCAGCAACAAAUAGAGGCUCAGCAGCAGAUGUUGGUCACCAAGGAGCAGAGACUCAAGUAUCUUCAGCAGGGAGGCAGCUCUAACCAGGGACAGACACAGUCUGAAGCUGAGAAGCUGCAGCGACUAAAGGAGCGAGUGGAGACUCAGGAAGCCAAGCUGAAGAAAAUCCGAGCCAUGAGAGGUCAAGUGGACUACAGCAAGUUGAUCAACGGCAACCUGUCUUCAGAGAUCAACCAUGUCAACAGUCUCUUCCAGGAGAAGCAGGCAGAGCUGCAGUCUGCUGUCAUCAGAGUCGAUCAGUUGACCCAGCAGUUGGAAGAUUUGAGGAGAGGGCAUCUUCUGCUGCAUUCUGUCACUUCACAGCAGGGGGCGACAACCAGACCCGUGGGAAGCUUGGGUGUCACUGCUGGACAGAAAGGAUCGGCCCUCUCAGGUCCUGCUGCACUGGAACUCAGAAAACUGUACCAGGAGCUGCAGGCUCGGAACCGACACAACCUGGAGCAGAGCAGCAAGUUGGCCCAGAACAAGGAGCUGCUGAACAAGAGGAACGCCCAGGUGACGGUGAUGGACCAGCGCAUUGGAGAUCUGCGAGAGCGGCUGCACAAAAAGAGAGCAGAAUUGAGCCGAAUGAACGGUGUCAGCUUGUCCCCGCCUCAGUCCUCUGCUCACCCUGGCAGUGGAGUUUCGGGUCGGGUCGCAGCGGUCUGCCCUUACAUUCAGGUUUCAGACCAGCGCCGACAGGAGGCGGGGCUCCCUCUGCCAUCUGACCCUCCGUCCAAACACAGCCACACCCGCUCCCUCUCAGAGGAAGAUGGGGGCAGAGUCAGGAAGCCUCCCAGCCAGUGGAAAGAGUCAGAUUUAGAUGUUGUCCUUUCACAGCCUCUUGAGACACGUGGGACACUUCGCACGCUGCAGGGGGGGGACAGUAACAACUCCAAUGAAGCAUCUUGGCCUAACAUAAGUAAGAAUGUGUCCGCAUGGAGGAACACCACUUCAGAACAGCAGCUCCCCUCCGGUUACGGUACGUAUCCCAGUGCCACCCAUCAGUUAGCAGGGCAUUACUGCGCAACUAGCUCCCUGCCCCGGUCUGCUCCUGGUACUCUGGGCUGGCCACGGUCCAGUGCCACCUCUUGCUCACCUUCAUCAUCAUCCUCUUCACAGCAAAUACAGCAACGAAUCUCAGUUCCUCCAAUGUCUACUCAAGGCUCAGGCUCCACCUCCCAGCCCCUGUCCCCGCAGACAGAGCGAGCAGAUCCUCCGCCAGCAGUGGCCGUACGUCCUUACGUCCCAGACUGUCCCUCCAGACCCCAGUCCCCCAGGAAGGGCCCCGCCACCAUGAACAGUAGCUCCAUCUACAGCAUGUACCUCCAACAGCCUCAGGCCAAAAACUAUGGAUCCCUCAGCAACAGAGCGGCCGUCAAAGCAGUCUACGGAAAACCGAUCCUCCCUUCUUCCUCCGCCUCUCCAUCUCCUGUACCUUUCCCUCAGGGGGGAGCAGCAAGAGGAGGGGAUGCUCCAGAUAAAGAAAUACUGGGAGCAGGAAAAGGCGAUGGCUGCGAUGGACAGAUUCUCCCUCCACCGAGUGUGGACAGCAUUCCUCGUCCUCUCAGCCCCACUAAGCUCACCCCUGUUGCAGCCCACUCUCAGCUACGUUACCAGAGUGACACUGACCUCGAGGUUCUGCGCCGACGCCUCAGCAAUGCUCCACGACCUCUGAAGAAACGGAGCUCCAUCACUGAACCUGAGGGCCCACAGGGGCCCAACAUCCAGAAACUACUGUACCAGAGGUUCAAUACGCUGGCUGGAGGCAUUGAAGGAGGCUCAGGUAAUACUUUCUACCAGCCUGAUUGUCUUUUGGGUGACAUGGACAGUAUCCACUCGGCCAAUGGGAACAUAGAAACAGCUGACAAGUUUGUCAAGAAGGCAGCCGUGGAAAGUGAAGAACAGAAUCUGAAUUCUAGUUCCCACCAGUUGUCCCCACCAUCUGUUGCCAUAGAAACACCCAAUGAGACAUCGGCAACCAAAGAAACUAGCAAUAAUAUGCAUCCAUCACCACAUCCCAGUCCAUCCCCUGCACCUGAAAGACCAGAGGAUCAGAACAGUAACACCCACCAAGGUUCCAGUCCUGCCCACAAUUCCCAUUCUCCUUCACCGCCUACCACAUCCCUGCCUAAGGCUAAACAAACCAACCUGAAGAAGCCGUCGUCAGAGCGCACCGGUCACGGCCUGCGAGUCAAGUUUAACCCUCUGGCUCUCCUGCUAGAUGCAUCGCUGGAGGGAGAGUUUGAUCUGGUGCAGAGAAUUAUCUACGAGGUGGAAAACCCAAGUAUGCCCAAUGAUGAAGGCAUCACUCCUCUUCAUAAUGCAGUGUGUGCUGGUCACCACCACAUUGUUAAGUUCCUGCUGGACUUUGGAGUAAAUGUCAAUGCAGCAGACAGCGAUGGAUGGACUCCACUGCACUGUGCAGCUUCUUGUAACAGUGUCCACCUCUGUAAGAUGUUGGUGGAAUCUGGAGCAGCCAUUUUUGCCACAACGAUCAGUGAUGUCGAAACGGCGGCAGACAAAUGUGAAGAAAUGGAAGAGGGCUACACACAGUGUUCCCAGUUUCUCUACGGUGUGCAGGAAAAGUUGGGGGUGAUGAACAAAGGCUUGGUCUAUGCUCUGUGGGACUACACUUCCCAGCAGCCUGAUGAAAUGUCUUUCAGCGAGGGCGAUGCCCUCGCUGUGGUGCGCCGCCGUGACGACACUGAGACGGAGUGGUGGUGGGUGCGGCUUAACGACCGUGAGGGUUACGUACCCCGAAACCUGCUGGGGCUGUAUCGCAGGAUCAAACCCAGACAACGCUCGCUGGCUUGACGCCCAGAUCCACACACUCACGUGCACGAUCCCAGACAGUGCAUGCACAGAGUUGAAGAGUGUCACCGUUAGCGGAGAAAGAACAAACCAUGUCGUCGGCAUCCAGGAGAGGAGAGGAGCGACUGAGUGAAGCAGAUGAAGAGACGAACUGACACUGGAAUCACACGACCAUCUGAAAAAUAACAAUGUAUAUCCACCGACUUUUUGCAGAGGGAAGUAAAGUAUCCCGAAACAAUAUUUUAGCAGUUGUAGUCAACAAAUUCCUAGGAUUUUUUUUUUUAAAGAGAUGUCCUGUCAUUUGGAUGCAGCUUGAUGUUUUCAGCUCCGAACAAUCAAACAACAGCUGCUGUGAAACAUUUACUUUCAGUUGCCAAUCUAAUCUUCAUCUUUGAAUGUUAUUUUAUUUUGGUACGUGUAAAAAUAUCACCCACAGUGCGCCAACAGUGCCACACGCUGACGCUGUGGCCCUGAGCACAGUUUAUUUUCUAAUUUCACACUGAGUCCUGUGUCGACUUUCCCUUUACUGAAGCCGAAGACGAGAAAACGGGAAAUGUGAACGUGUAACUAAAGAGAGGAAGUUGGGAGCUCUGUGAACCUGACCCCCCGUCCACGUAAAAAAUCCAAGCAAACACACUGAGUGGUUAGUGCUUCGUUUGUGCAGAUUUGUGCUGGUAAAAUUUUUGUUUGUGCUGCUAUGGUUUUUGAGAUAUUAAAGAUUAUUUUUUAGGUCAUUCAAAGGUCACCAUCCCCCCAGCUUGCUCCAAAAUGAACCAAACUGGUCUACUUGCUUAGUGUUUGUUU